CCUCUUAUUCCUAGAAGUCCUACAAGCAGUGUUGCUACACCAUCCAGCACUAUCAGCACACCUACAAAAAGAGACAGCUCUGCCCUUCAAGAUCUCUACAUACCCCCUCCUCCAACAGAACCUUAUGUUCCAAGGGAUGAAAAGGGAAACCUCCCAUGUGAUGAUGUUGGCAGACAUAUAGUGGGCAAGCCGGUUCAUACAGGAUCCGAAUCUCCAAACUCAUUUCUUGACCAGGAAUAUAGGAAACGCUUUAAUGUGGUUGAAGAAGAUGCAGUUUUAUACUGCUAUGAAUAUGAGAAAGGAAGAACAAGUGGUCCUGGAAGGAGAGAGAGCACACCGACAUAUGGGAAACUGAGGCCUAUUUCUAUGCCAGUAGAAUAUAACUGGGUGGGGGAUUAUGAAGACCCCAAUAAAAUAAAAAGAGAUAGUAGGAGAGAAAAUUCAUUGCUUCGCUAUAUGAGCAAUGAGAAAAUAGGUCAAGAAGACUACAUGUUUCAAAGGAAUAGCAAAAAGGAUACUGGGAAAAAGUCCAAAAAGAAGGGAGACAAGAGUAGUAGUCCAAGUCAUUACUCACUGUUGCCUAGUUUACAAAUGGACUCAUUGAGACAAGAAGUCAUGGGCACACCUGGACCAGAAACUGCUUUGUACCACACAUUUCAGCAGUCUUCUCUACAGCAGAAAAGUAAAAAGAAGAACAAAGCUCCUAUUCCUGGUAAAAGCAAAAGACGGAUCUCAUGUAAAGAUCUCGGUCGAGGGGACUGUGAAGGCUGGCUUUGGAAGAAGAAAGAUGCCAAGAGUUAUUUCUCCCAGAAGUGGAAGAAAUACUGGUUUGUCCUGAAGGAUACAUCUCUAUACUGGUAUAUCAAUGAAGAGGAUGAAAAAGCAGAAGGAUUCAUCAGUCUACCUGAAUUUAAAAUCGACAGAGCCAGUGAAUGCCGCAAGAAAUAUGCAUUCAAAGCUUGCCAUCCUAAGAUCAAAAGUUUUUAUUUUGCUGCUGAACAUCUAGAUGAUAUGAACAGAUGGCUAAACAGAAUUAACAUGCUUGCUGCUGGCUAUGCAGAAAGAGAGAGGAUCAAACAAGAGCAAGAUUACUGGAGUGAGAGUGAUAAGGAAGAAGCUGACACUCCAUCGACACCCAAACAAGACAGCCCACCACCCCCGUACGACACAUACCCACGACCUCCUUCAAUGAGCUGCACAAGCCCUUAUGUGGAGCCAAAACACAGCCGACUCUCAUCCACGGAGACCUCCCAGUCGCAGUCCUCACACGAGGAGUUUCGCCCAGAGGCGGCGGGGAGUGCCACUGACUCACCCGUGCGCAAGACAGCAAGCCAGCGGCGCUCCUGGCAGGACCUCAUAGAGACGCCACUGACGAGCUCAGGACUCCACUACCUGCAGACGCUGCCGCUGGAGGACUCUGUGUUCUCCGAAGCGGCCGUGGUCUCCCCCGAGCACCGGCGGCAGUCGACCUUGCCCACCCAGAAGUGCCACCUGCAAGAUCACUAUGGCCCCUUCCCCCUCGUGGAAGGUGAGCGGAUGCAAGUGCUGAAUGGGAAUGGGGGAAAGCCCCGAAGUUUCACUCUGCCUCGGGAUAGCGGCUUCAACCACUGCUGCCAGAGCCUUUCUGUUGGUGCUGCUGAUCACCAUGAAGAAGUGCAGCAGAAGGAGGUGGAGGAGGAGGAGGAAGAGGAAGGCAAAGCAGCAGAAGAAAACCAGGAAGAUAAAAUUGAAACUAUAGAGGAAAAAACAGCAGACUCCUUGCAAGAUUUGUACAGAGCCUUGGAGCAGGCCAGCCUAUCUCCUUUAGGAGAACACCGGAUUUCCACUAAGCUGGAGUAUAAGAAAUCUUUUAUAAAGAGAUGUAGCGAUCCAGUAGUCAAUGAAAAACUGCACCAGCUGCGAAUUCUGAAAAGCACUUUAAAGGCCAGGGAAGGAGAAGUAGCCAUUAUAGAUAAAGUUCUGGAUAAUCCAGCUUUGACAUCUAGAGACUUUCAAGAAUGGAAACAAAUGUACCUUGAUCUCUUCAUGGACAUCUAUCAAAGCAGCACCCGGAGGGACUCUGUUAAUGGCUCAUCUGAGGUUGAUGCACUGAUAGCCUCCUUAGCGCACACUCACUCUUACAUUGAAACACAUGUAUAA